UUAUUCAGAGUAUUCGCCAUCUGGGGAUGAAAACAGGCAAGGAAGCUGAUAGUGGCGUUGGCAUGGCUGGUCUCUGCGGUCACGCAUUAUCCAGUUUCCUCUAAUUCAUACUGAUCUCGCAUCAGAGAUAGUCUUGUUUUCCUUCGCUGCUCUAUUACGCCGGGGUCCAUUCCUCGCCUGUUCUGUUCCGAUUCUUUCAAGAAAUCUAGAUCCGUCGCCGGGGAAGAGAGGGGGGCAGCAAUGGAUGCCUUAAGGAAGCAAGCUAGCAAGCUUCGAGAACAAGUAGCUAAACAGCAACAGGCCGUAAUCAAGCAAUUCAGUGCCAGUGGCUAUGAGAGCUCGGAAGCGAUGGUUAUUGAUGAGGUUGAGAUGCAGAUGCACCAGCAGUUGGAGAAAUUGUAUCGAUCCACUCGUUCCGGAAGGGAUUUUCAGAAAGAAAUUGUCAAAGCAGCUGAGGCCUUCACUGCAAUAGGGUAUAAACAUAUAGAAGCUGGAACCAAGUUGUCAGAAGAUUGUUCAAAAUUUGGGCUUGAGAAUGCUAGUGACGAGGUUCUUGGGAAGGCUUCAUCCGUAUAUGGGGAUGGGCGUCAGCACGUUGAGAAGGAGCAAGAAGAUUUCAACAAGUUAUUGUUUACACAGGUCUUAGAACCUUUGAGAGCCAUGAUUAAUGGUACUCCACUUGAAGAUGCUCGCCACCUUGCUCAGCGGUAUAGUAGAAUGAGACAGGAAGCUGAGGCUCAGGCUGCUGAAGUAUCAAGAAGACAAGCACGCGUGAGGGAAUCUCCUAUUCCAGAAAAUGUUGCAAAACUGCACGCAGCAGAAACUAGAAUGCAAGAACUCAAGGCAAAUAUGGCAGUACUGGGAAAGGAAGCAUCAGCAGCUUUGGCUGCUGUGGAAGCACAGCAGCAGAGACUAACGUUUCAGAGACUCAUAGCAAUGGUUGAGGGAGAAAGGAUGUACCACGAGAGAGUUGCUACAAUUCUCGGUAAUAUAGAAACUGAGAUUGUCUCGGAGAAACAAAGGAAAGAGGCAGCUCCUCCUGUGACUCCUCUCAAACACACUACACAAAAGACGAAGUAUUUUCUAGCUGAGGCAGUACAUGCUUUUGACGCCGAAUCUGAUAAGGAACUAAGCCUGUCAGUAGGAGACUAUGUUGUUGUGCGGAAGGUGAGCCCAAAUGGAUGGUCGGAAGGAGAGUGUAGAGGAAGAGCAGGAUGGUUCCCCACAGAGUACGUGGCGAGACGCCAAAAGAUUCCGUCUAACUACGGCGCGACCGAAGCUCAUUAGGUGAUGGAGUUGAGUCCUCCUUCAUGCAGUGGGUGGGUUGUCUCUAUCUUGCCAUAGCCCUCUGAAUUGCAGAAGCUGAAUGCUGUGUGUGCUUUUCUGUGUUAAGAACAAUGAUAUACCUUACCACCUUUCUUCUCAUGAGAUUUCCUUGUUUAAUUUCAUACUUGCUUGUCCUUUUUUCUAUUUAUUCAUUCAUAGAGAAUGUUGUAUAAUCAUAUAUAUAUAGAUAUUCAUGCUGGAAUUAACUAAUUAUUAUCAUUGACUAAUUAAAUUUACAUGUGUAGUGUAUUUCUUGCUUGGUCUCA